AUGGAAGACAAUUGGGUUCACAUUCCUACUCCUCCCUCAACGACCCCGAGACUCCGUCGUCGCGACGUCCGAUCCUCCGAGACUCAAAGAACACCUUGCCCUGACGGCCAGCAUCGCUACGUGCCACAGCUUGUGGGAAUCUUCGACAUCGAUAUCCCGGACCAACACGUCUCCGAUUUGACAAUGGCUGACAUACAGCAACACAUCUCACACCUGAUCGCGGGAGAUCCGAGACUUCGCGCGUCCGCGCCAUCCCUACCUGCCUCCGCUCCGCGCCCCAACCGCCGGCCGGGCAGUGUUAAUCUCCGCAUACAAUACACGGACCUGCCUGAGGGACAGGGUGUCGAGAUACCUCGUCUUUCACGAAUGCCUCCAAAUGAAACCUCCUUGAGAGGAGGUUCUGCGGGUACUGUCGAGCGUAUCAUGGUGGUCAGGUUUAUCCUUUCUACUAACGAUCAAAUUGUCAUUGCCUCCAAAUACAUCCAAGCGUUAGAUCAUAUUUCUGUCCAGUGUCUCCUAUAG